AGAGAGAGAGAGAGAGAGAGAGUGAAGAGGAGGGGAGGUUUAUCCAACAGCGCUAGUGAGACAGAAGUUUAAGCUCUGCGCUUGACACACAGCCAGGACAGAAGACACCACACACAUACACACAGAUACAAUGCUGCUCCCAGCGAGCCUGCUGAUUGGCCUGCUGUGCCUGAGCCAUGUGGGUGGUGUGUGGGGCUUCGCCCAUCUGUCGGACGACGUGGAGCUCCGCUCGGCUUUCUCUGUCGCGCGCACCAACAGCAUGGAGGGCGGGCCCAAGAUGACCGUGACCUUUGACACUGUUUACGUCAACAUCGGAGGGGAUUUCGACCCGAAGGCCGGCAUGCUGCGCUGUCGGAUCCCCGGGGCGUACUACUUCUCUUUCACGGUGGGCAAGUUUCCACACAAAGACCUGUCUGUGAUGCUGAUGAAGAACAGGAACGAGGUGCAGGCCAUCGUGUAUGAGGAAAACGCUGGAGAGGAGAGGAAGGUGCAGAGCCAGAGUGUCAUGCUCCAGCUGGAGUUUGGUGACACCGUGUGGCUUCGUCUCCAUGGUGACCCUCGCUACGCGCUCUACAGCAACACCGGACACUACACCACCUUUAACGGUUACCUCGUCUACCCUGACACCUACGGCUACCAGACGCACCACCACCAACACCAUCCCCAGCCCCAGCGAGACAACAUCCCCAUGGUAGACAGUAACCAGGCCACAGAGCACGUCAGGUCUGAAACAAGAGACACGGUGGAGGAGAAGGAGGUGCAGCAUAGGGAGGAAGAAGAGGAUGACGAGGAUGAAGAUGAAGAGGAUGACCAGAGAUCUGCUUUCUCGGUGGGGCGCACCCAGAGCAUUGUGGGGGUAGACCAAGUGGGGCUGCCGCAGCACCAGCCGGUCAGCUUCGACACGGCGUUCGUCAACAUCGGAGAAGACUUUAACGUGACGGAGGGGAUGUUCACUUGCCGGAUUCCCGGCGCCUACUACUUCUCCUUCAACGUGGGCAAGCUGCCGCAGAAGACGCUGUCCGUCAAGCUCAUGAAGAACCGCCUGGAGGUGCAGGCGAUGAUCUACGACGACAGCCAGGGCGAGAAAGCUCUGCAGAGUCAGAGCUUGAUGCUGUCGCUGAAGCCAGGAGACACCGUCUGGCUCUACUCCCACCAGAGAGAUGGCUUUGGCGCCUACAGCAACCACGCCAAGUACAUCACCUUCACCGGCUUCUUGGUUUACCCAGACUUCCCUACCACCACCACCACCACCACCACUACCACCAGCAGCCAAUCAUAUUCAGACAAGAAACCCUAGCUGCAGCACGUGGGCUAGUGACUGAACAUUGUGGGAGGAAUUCACGCAAAGUGGAAGAGUCUCAGAGUCCACGUAAGACGUUGGGGAAGUUUCUGAGUCGUCGAAAUGAAUGUUGCUUCGUGGUUUUGUCUUUGAAGCUUCCUCUAAAUGUGAAUUUCUUCGCAAAGUCACACAGACCUUGGACUGAAUGCAGAGCUUAGAUGAAAACCUCUUCAAUUUCCAGCUAAUGGCUUCCCAGGAUAUGACUUCAUCGCACUCAAAUGUGGAACCUUGAAUGACAGUAAUGUGAACUCUAAUUGAAUAUUUCACGUCUGUAAUGAAAACCCAGUUAUUACCUGCUCACCUCGGGGUCGGCCGACCUCUUGUUUAAGUUAGUGCGAGCACCGAAAGGAGUUAGCUGUUGUACUUCUGUGUCUUUGAGAUUCUUUUUUAAAGCUCAAAAGAACUAUUUGAACACCACAAUUGAAGUAUUUCAAACUCAAAUGAUUGCUCUGUGGGUGCAAACGUUGACACGUCCUCUGGCAUAUUAACUGCAGUAGUAAACCUACAUACUGUACUUGAGUUGAGGUUAGAAGGUAAUCACAGACUUUUCAUUUUUAAGUGAAAUAUUCCUGUUAAGUGCAUUCGUUAUCCUUGUCAAAGACUUGGUGUUUUGCCUGUGUGUAAAAAAGAAAAAGUCACUUUACUUUCUUUAUGUCUUUAGAGGCAUGUAAAAACGAUAAGAACAGUGUGUUUUGUGUAAAAUGAGCUUCUCUUUUCGUUCUUUCGGAGUGUUUCUCACCUCCCCGAUACUCAAACACAGCAGGAGUACGAGGACAACAACGGCACGAAACUGACAUACUUUUGGGGAGACUGCAGAUUGGAUAUCCAUCCCAUACCGCCUGUUGACCACAUGCCACCCUCGGGCCUGUGGGGAUCUGGACCAUAAUUUGAUUUCUAAUUCUAGCAGCGUUUAAUUCAUUUCUUCAGAAGGCGACCACUGUGGGGAAAAUUGAAUUGCUUCUCCCGGGCCACUGUAAUAUGCAUGUCUGUUUAAUUUCACACCGCCGGGAGAAAGAUGAUGCUGUUCAAAUUGUGAUGAACCUUGACUUUAUGAAAUCACCUUCUCUGGUGACGCUUUUGGACGAUUGAACAUUUACAUUUUCUUUUUAUUAGAGCUAACUGGAUGUGAAUUUCUGUGCGGUGAAGUUCCAACAUAAGCCGCUCCGAUGAGCUGCAAGCAGGCCAGCUGACUGUUUUUGAAAACGUUAAUUAAUUCAGCAAAUAGAGAGCACUGCUUUCAAUCUCGUUAAAAUGAAUUAUAAUUUAUUGCACUUCAGUUUUUAAAGAGAUGGUUUCUGAUGCCACUUCUGAACAUAGUGGAGCUGGUCACGGAAAAAGAAAAAAACAAUGCAAAGCAACAUGUAAUGAUUUGAGUGUUCUGAAUAGUUCUUUUUUUUUAAUGAAAUAUAGAAGACUUUCAUCUUUUCAGACCUUGAAAUCAAAGCGAUUGUGAUAAGAGGUCACGAUUAGGCGUUAUUUAGGCCGGGCACUAACUUCAAGGUUAGGACCCUCGUAGGAGUUCCAACAUAAAUCUGAGAUAGUGAUUAACAAGAAAAGGGGUGAAAAUUAUGUUAAUCUUUCUGAUUUAAAUCCUUCAAAUGAAAAAUAAUAAGGUAAAACAAAAUCGCAAUAAAAAUUGGUGAUAAAGACAUUUUACGGGGUCACAAAUCGAAACCACUUCCCGAAACAGUCCGUAGAUCCUGGACCGUACUUUAAAAACCACUUAGCUGGUUCAUGACCCCACACAUGCUAAAAAAACAGUUUCCGUUAAAAUGAAAUAUUACUUAACAGUAUUGGAAAUUGCUGCUGUACGGAAGCCACAAGCGGUCAUACAUUCAUACAUUUUAUUUCCUCCAUUUUCUCAUGAUACGUUCAAUUAUUUUGUUUUCCCAAGAUCUCGAGUUAUUUAUGUCAUUAUUAUCUAGAGAUAACAAAUGUUGCCAUCUCAAAAUAACAGGAUCAAUUUCACAAGAUGUCAAGAUAAGAUACAACAUAAUUAAUAUGAGAUCGCGAUAAAACAAAAGGAUAGUCUAGUAUAUUAAAUCAUUUGCGAUUAUGAUGUUAUCUCGGGAAAACAAAGUUGAGUUAACUUGACAGUUUGAGAAAAUUAUCCCGUUACUUCGAGAUAAUGUAUUCAUUUGACAUAAAUGACUUGAGAAAACAAAUUAAAUUAACACGUUAUCACAACAAAAUAAGAUAAAUGAAUGCGUGACCGCUUAGGGCUUCCGUAGAGGAAGAUGAGGAUUGCCUAUUUUAUUUAGAUUUCUCUUGAUGUCUUUAUUACAGAAUAUCAAAGGAAAAAAAAGGUCAAAUUAAAUACCAUUGAAAUAAACCUGAAAAUGUGGCCGCACUCUCUUGCAAGUCCAAGUGGUGAAAAGCUAAAUUCACCUCACUGUGAUCUCUUUGGCACCGGGGAGAAAUUGUCUCACACCUUCUGUGAAAACUAAUAACGGACAGCGAAGUCUCAGGCUUCACACUCUCACCAGGCCGUUACUAAUCGAUCAUUUCCUGUCAUGUACAGCUGCAGCAGCUUCUAAGAAAAGUGACAACAUUUUGGACGAUGAGAUGUUAAUGUUUUUUUUUUUUCAGUGUGAAAUUAUACUACGAGUGUGUCUUAUUGCAGAUAAUAACGUAGUCUGUCACACACUAACCCUCGGUGGUUUCUCUAUUUCAGCCUCAGAGGGUGAGGUGGACUUAAAAACACGCCUGACCCAGUUGGAUAAAUCAGUCCGUGAAGGUGAUUCCUGUUUGUGUGAAGAAUCCUGGUGUGUGUGUGUGAAGUGACUCGAGCAUAACUCAUCUGACCCAAAAGCACUUAUGUGAUGCAUGCAUACGUAAUGAAUUAAAAAAAAUGAUGGCUGAGCAGCUUCACGGGCCCAGUCAACGCUUGUUAACUGUAUUUUUAUUAAGUGAAUUAUCUGUACAGUGAUUGACAAUAUGUUGGAUGUUUCCUGCUCUGUGCUCCUUUCUUUCCGAUCCUGAUGAAAGGUUGAUUAAUGUGUAUUAGAAAUCGUGUCAAAGCAGACAUGGGCCAGAUUUAGCAAUUUUGUGUCUUAAAAGCACAAAGCGAGUAUAAUGGAAGAAAAAAAAAAACCCUAAAAGAUUAUUAAAGAAAAAAACAUUU